ACAAGACUUUUUCCAGCCAAUUUUAAACUCCGCUCACACCUCUCAAAGGGACCACACACAUCAUCCCAAGAAGGUAGUCAUCAUGGCUGAUAGCAGGGCUGGACCUGCGCUCAUAUUUGCUGUCAUAGUGGUGAUAAACAUAUUUGCUUUCUGUUUAGGAGCAAAUGUUAAAAUAGGUGUCCCAGAGAACUAUGAUGGCAUUUUCCCAUGGUAUUUAUCCAAGCUCCACAGCCUUCCGGGAAAUUACAGUGACCUGGUGGUAACAGGUGAUGAUGAAGGUAUAUUUGGAGUGGACUCUCAGUUUCUUUAUGCUCUAAAACCACUGGACCGAGAGAAGCAGCCAUCUUACUCUCUGCAGGUGUCCUACAGAAUGUCAGGGCAGCACCAGAGCUUCACGGUGGAAGUGUGCGUCAUCGACAAAAAUGACAACGUGCCCACUUUCAUUCAGGAGAGCAUGAGGGGCAGUGUGCAGCUGGGGCUUCUUAAAGGGAUACCCUUCAUGCAGGUGGAGGCGCUGGAUCGUGAUGACCGCAACACUGCCCACGCUGAGCUGCGUUUCCGCCUGAUGGAGCAGACACCCAGAAUCCCCUCCCCUCAGAUGUUCUUCAUUGAUUCCAUCAGUGGAGAGGUUUCCCUUACCGAGGACGGAGCCUCAACACUGGACCCUGAGAUGUGCGGUAGAUAUAAACUAUCAGUGAUGGUGAAGGACAUGGCUGGGAAAUUCAAUGCUUUCUUCACCACCGGCAUUGUCACUGUUGAAGUGACAGGGAAUACUUGGGCAUCACCUGACCCCGUACGAUUGCAGGAGAAUCUUCCAGGCCCCUAUCCCAUCCCCAUCUCCCAGGUGAAAUGGAGUGGAAGUCAAGCAGAGUACAGUUUAGAGGGGGAGUUUCCAGAGAUGCUCUUCACCGUCAAUAGAGAAGGAGUCAUUUAUCUCAACGCACCUCUGGACAGAGAAACGCAAGACCAGUUCCUCAUCAGCAUUGUGGUGGAGCGUCCAGAUGGCCGAGAGAUUGCCAAGCCGGUGGAGUUACGGGUAAUGGUGGGUGACGCCAACGACAACAGACCCACAUUUCCACAGGCACAGUACCACACAGUGGUCAAGGAACUGGCAGCUCGAGGAAUGGAGAUCUUGACAAUUCAGGCAGCUGAUAAUGACGAUCCCAAGACGGAUAAUGUGCGGAUCUUCUACCGCUUGGUUGGCCAAAUCCCAGAGAGUCCUCGCGCUCUGUUCAGAGUGGACCGGGACUCGGGUGUCAUCUCGGUCCAAGCAGACAGCAUGGAGGGAACAGCACCGCAGUACACACUCACCAUCACUGCUGAGGAUGCAAAAGGUCUAAACAGCUCAUGUACUGUGGUGGUGACGGUGCAAGAUGAGAACAACAACCCACCACUCUUCUCCCAACAUGAGUAUGGACCUUUCCACAUUCCCGAGGACGCUCCGGUGGGCACCACAGUAACAGCUGUACUGGCGGGGGAUGCGGAUGUUCGAGGUGGAGACAGCUGGCAAGUGAACUAUUGUUUAGAGUCUGGAAACGAGGAAGAGGUCUUCUCAUUACUUACAGACAGGCAGACCAAUGAGGUUUCACUUGUCCUUUCAAAGGUUAUUGACUUUGAGCGUGAGAGUGAGUACAUCCUCGUUCUAAGUGCCCAGAACCCAGUAGCUCUGGUCCGGGGCCGCUAUGGUCCUUCAUCAACGGCAACUGUAUCAAUCUAUGUUGAUGAUGUAAAUGAAGGUCCAGUUCUAUCUCAAAGCCAUUAUGAGGUGACGGUCAGAGAGGGUGAAGAACCCGGGCGGGUUAUUGCCACAAUCAGAGGCUAUGACCCUGAUUCUCACCCAAUUAGAUAUUCUCUUCAGGGGGACACCAAGAAGUACUUUUCAAUAGGGAAAUAUUCAGGUGAGCUGAAAACUGUGCAAGCAUUGGACAGAGAGGAGAACAGCACAUACACAAUGGAGGUUAUUGCAGUGGAUGGACGAAACUCCUCAUUAUCUGCGUCAACCUUGGUCACGGUACAAAUUUUGGAUGUGAAUGACAACAGUCCAGUGUUGGUGGGUGACUAUUCCUGGAAGUACCUGUGUACACCUCGCUGGGAAGACCAAGCACUGGUGCUGGCCUCACGGGACAGUGAUGGCCCACAGCAUGGAGGAAGACUCAACUUCUCGCUGAGGAGUGAUGCCACAGUCCGACGCAACUGGAAGCUCACUCCCAUCAAUGAUACUCACACCAACCUAUCCCUGAACACACCAUAUCUGGCCCCUGAGGUUUACACUGUACCCUUCACCAUCUCUGACAGCAGCUCACCUCCCAGGAGCACCUUCAUAAACUUACCAGUGACGGUGUGUCCUUGCAACAUCAGGGGGAACUGCAAAAUGGCAGCCAAGCAGCUGCAGGGCAUGCCAACUAUCCAGUCUGCAGUGGGCAUUCUGCUUGGCACAUUUGCAGUUGUAGGAACAAUCCUCGUUGUUGUGUUUGUGCGACUGUCCUACCAGACCCCCAAACAGCCAGGUAACACAAACCAGGAGAGAGUUCCUUUGAAAAUGUCCAUCUAAACAUUAUGAUCACAACCGAUGCACAGAUGGAACCAUUCUGCUUUCUGAAAGUGAUGCUGCAUUUCAAGUUCUGACACUUCUGUAGAGUAUUUGUAAAACUGUGGUUAAGUUUUAGGUUUACCUGUCUAGGGGACAUUAUGAGGUUUGUUACAUAUUUAAUGUCAUUGUAUCUUUAGUUGUUUAAACUUGUACCUUAUUUACACUGCAAAUAUGUUUGUAGCUUGUAAUAACAGUCAAAGUUUCUUUUUUACUUUAUUUCAUAACGUCUGAAAUUUAUAAUAAAUUGUUGUAAAUGAUAAGAUUAAAAAAAAAUAAAAAAUAAAAUGCUGGUUU